CACUGCACAACACUACUCUUUGAACGCAACUGUGAGCAGCAGCUGAUAGCACGAGGGUCCUUUUCAACACUGCGUCUAAAUUCUUGUAAAAAACAUGCGCUAAAAUCUUAAUACCAAACAAUAAUUAAAGAUCUAAAAUGCGCUGCUACUACGAGGAGCUUGGUGUCCAACGGAGCGCCACCGAUGGCGACAUCAAGACGGCCUACCGCAAAAUGGCGCUCCGCUGGCACCCGGACAAGAAUCCAGAUUGUUUGGCCGAGGCCAAGGAGCGCUUCCAACUUAUUCAGCAGGCUUACGAGGUGCUCUCUGAUCCACAGGAGCGCUCUUGGUACGACAAUCACCGGGAGCAAAUUCUGCGCGGCAAAAACUCAGAGUACGCAGAGAACUGUCUGGAUGUGUUUGAGUUCUUUACUAAUUCCUGCUACAAGGGCUAUGGGGACGACGAAAAGGGUUUCUACAGUGUGUACCGAGAGGUAUUUGUGAAGAUUGCUCUCGAGGACAUGGAGUUUAUGGACGAAGACGACCACCUUGGUCUGGCGCCAGAAUUUGGCACUUCGGAGAGUAACUACGAGGAAGUGGUGGGCCCGUUCUACGCCUUUUGGCAGGCCUACAGCACCAAGAAGACUUAUGAGUGGCUGUGCCCGUACGAUGUGCGCGAGAUCAAGGAACGCUUCAUCCUGCGUAAGGUUGAAAAGGAGAUGAAGAAGAUUGUGCAGGCAGCGCGCAAGGAUCGCAAUGAAGAGGUCCGAAAUCUGGUUAACUUUGUGCGAAAAAGAGAUCGACGGGUGCAGGCCUACAGACGCGUUCUAGAAGAACGGGCUGAGGCCAACCGCUUGAAGCAGGAGGAGAAACGCCGGGAGCAGCUACGAAAGCGCCAAGAAGAGCUUGCUGCCGCUAGGGAGAACAAAUCGUUCCACGAGGGCUAUGAGGAGCAGUUAAAGCAGCUUGAACAACAGUAUGGUAGCGAGUCGGAUGACUAUACGGACGAGGAGGAGGAAGACAAUGAAGAGAGUGAAGAUUCAGAGGCGGAUCCAGACGCGGAAGAUGCCGAAUUCGAGUUGGAGUAUGUUGACGACUUGUACUGUGUGGCCUGCAACAAGACCUUCAAAAAUGCUAAAGCGCGCGCUAAUCACGAAGAGAGCAAAAAACACCGAGACAAUGUUGAGCGGUUGAGGGCGGAGAUGGAAGCAGAGGAAGAAGCCUUCCACGAUACCUCUCAGGAAGACAGUUGCAACGGAGUUGAGGAAGCUUUGGAUGAUCUUGAAAUCGCAGACGAGCACUUGUCCGCCGAGGAAGCACCCAGUGAAGAAGAAUCUUCUGCUAAGACAAAACGUGGCAAGAAGAAUAAAAGAUCCAAAAAAGCUGCUGCCAUACAAGUGCAAGAGGAAGAGGAAGUCAACGGUGGUGACGAUGAGCCCCUCGAGCUUAAGGCUUCCGAUUCAGAAGACGACUGGAGCAAAGGCAAGAAGUCUGCGCGAAAAACAAAGAGCAAAAAGUCUGUCACUAACAAAUCGAAGCCCUCCGAGCAAUCCGUCCCGGAGUCGGCUCCUCAGGAGGCUGCACCAGCAGCUUCACCAGAAGAUCCCGAUCCGUCAAAGCCGCAGCAUACCUGUGUCACCUGCCGGCUAGUCUUUGACUCUAAAAACAAACUAUUUGCUCAUCUAAAAAAGACGAAUCAUGGAGUGUACAUACCCAAGGCCAAGCCUGAUGUGGAGGGCAAGCCUCCUGGCAAGGGCAAGGGAAAACGCAACAAGUAGAUUAGAUCGUGACUUGUUAGAAUUUUAUUUAUGCUAAUGUUAAAGUUAAUUCGAAAAUGAAGUUAAGUAUGCUCGCUCUAA